CGGCGGCGGCCGGCUCUCGCCGCCGCUGAGUCAGCCGGCCGGCCGGCUCCUACUUAUGCGGCCGCCGCAACCGGCCGCGUCAGUCCCAAGUGGAGCGCGCGAACGGUGACGUCCGAGGCUCCGCCAGUCCGAGACGAAUACCAAGAUGAAGAACGCGGGAAGCCUGCUGCUGGUGCUGGUGGCCGCUGUCUGCGUGGUCUCCGUCCACCCCAUGCCGGCCGAGCCGCUGCCCUCCGAGUCGGAGCCCUCGUCCAGUGGCGGUCUGUUUGGCCUUGCCUCGCUGGAUGCGCUGACCGAGCGGAUCCACGACUGGACGGCGCCCCUCCGUGACCUGUUCAUGGAGACGGUGCAGAACAAAACGGUAUCGGAGGUGGCCAUCGAAGCCCGUAAUGCCACCGUCAACUUCGCCGUCCGCGUCAAGGACAUGGAGGCCGUCCAAAGCGCCAAGGACGCCAUCUCCCCGGUGGUGAGGAUGUUCGAGCAGGUGCGCGACAGCGUCAAGGACAAGACGCUGCAGCAGCUGGCCGACGAGGUGAAGACGCACCUGGUGCAGCUGGACCGGACCGUGGCCAGCUUCAUUCGCGACCUUCGUGUGAUCUGA